AUGUUUCCCACUCUAGUAUCAUGUGUUCUCUUCCUUUAUGUGUUGCGAUGGCCAUCAUUUUGGACAGCCGGGGUCGCGGCCUUGAGCUACAUGGCCUACACCUUCUUGAACAACCGGUACAACAAUGGCCUGCUGCAGUACCCGGGUCCCGCGUUGGCCUCCAUGACGAAUAUCUGGCGUGUUCGCGAUGCCUAUGUUAAUGGAGAUAAACGCCCAUCAUACGUCGCCCUGCACAACAAGUAUGGAAAUGUAGUUCGUCUUGGACCCAAAUCGCUGUCAUUCGCCUCGCCUGCGGCCAUUGCAGAUAUUUAUCCAGCAGAGAAGAAUAUGGCCAAGUCCAACUGGUAUGUAGCCUUUGAGGCCCACGGCAAAGGACGCAAGAAGGAGAACAUCUUCUCCACGCGCGAUAUCCACUGGCAUGCCCGGUACCGGAGUCUUGUCGGACCCGGAUUUAAGCUGACAAACCUGGCCCCGAAAGAGCAAGAGAUUGAUCAGUUGAUCGUGAAGCUACUGAGAAACCUCGAUGCUGCCGGGACCAAAGAAUCCCCUGUCGUGGAUCUGCCUCUCAACCUGCAAUAUUUCACUUUCGAUGCCGGUGGUGUCAUGGCUUUCAGUCAGCCCUAUGGCUUCCUUGACAAGCAAAAGGAUUUGGAUGGGAUCAUCCAGAACGUCCGGGUGGGAUCAACUCAUUUGAAUCGGCUCGCACAGGCGCCCCUCGGACAGCUCGUGUUUGAUAAGAAUCCCCUGGCUGUGUACUUUGGCUUAAUCGCGCCACCCAUGGCAUUCGCAAAGAAGUAUCUGCCGGUUCAACGGAUCGAGAAGCAACUUGCCGAGCCCGAAAAGAUGGACCAGCACCACGAUCUUCUUGAUCAAUUCCUCAAGGCACAUCAGACAAAUCCGGAUGUGGUUUCCAAGAAUGAAGUAGUCGACUUGGGUCUGAUGGUGGUCGUUCCUGCUUCCGAGGCUGUCCGAACCGCCAUCGCAGUCCUCAUCUACCAAGUCUUGAAAGCCCCCGCCUCCAUUCUGACCAAGCUCCGCCGCGAGCUCGACUCGGUUAUUCCAAUCCCAACCUCACCUAGUUCCACAGAUCGGUACAACAUCCCGUCCUGGGAAAUAGUCUCAACCAAACUCCCUUACCUGGACGCCUGCAUCAAAGAAACAUUCCGCUUACAUUCUUCCACCGGUUUCAACAUGGAGCGAGUGGUGCCCGCCAAUGGAGCCAUCAUCGACGGCAAUUUUGUGCCCGAGGGAACGAUCGUAAGCUGCUCGACUUGGGUUAUUCAUCGCCAUAAGCCUACCUACGGUGACGAUGUAGAGGUCUACCGGCCCGAGCGCUGGCUCGAGGCGAGUGCUGCGCAGCGGGCCGAAAUGGAGCGGCUGCUUUGUCCGUUUGGCUUUGAGGAGAGAAUGUGCCUUGGGAGGGAGAUUGGUUUGUUUGAGGUUUAUAAGGUUGGAGCAACGCUUUUUAGGAAUUACGAGUUCAAUUUGGUACGCCCUGAUGAAGACAUGAAGAUCACUUGGGGGAACAUUGUCAGUGUUGAUUUCGAUGUUCGGUUGAAACAUCGUCGGGCUUGA